CACAAAUCCACCAUAAACACUCACUUCAAAUCUAGCGUAAUAGGCGGACCCUAUCUUUUCGUCUGCUUUUAAAUAGUCCAGCAUCUCUACGAAGUUUCCAUACACCAAAACAUCAAUCUUCUGGGAAAAUAGUGGGGCUAUGGGUUUCCUUGGGAUGCUUAUGCAAGUCAUCUGGGUUGGUGUGAUAUUAUCCGCAACAAUGGCAGCCGCAGCCAUAGCGUUUCCAAUAGCCCGGCCUAAUUGCUCCGACAGAUGUGGAAAUGUUGAAAUUCCAUAUCCAUAUGGCACAACUGAAGGUUGUUACCUCAAUGAUACUGCUAUUUUUGGGUAUUAUUUUAUCAAUUGUACUCCCAACGCGUACGGCCAACCUCAACCAAUGAUUGGAGACUUUAUCGUUUCAAGCAUUUCCAUGGAAGAAGGUGAGAUUGAGGUCCAGAUGUAUAACUCUCUUGACUGUUACGACAAGUCAGGCUCGCUUCUGAGAAAUAACUCACCAUCACUCACCCUUCCCAGUUUCACAGUUUCCGCCACAAAAAACAAGUUCGUGGCAGUUGGCUGUGACACUUACGCGUACCUUAAUGGUAUUCUGAACGGUCAAUACUUCUCCGUGGGCUGCCUGUCCAAAUGUCAAACCAUAGACAAUGUCAUCAAUGGGACGUGUUCUGGAAUUGGGUGUUGCGAGGUGCAAAUUCCUGAAGGAAUGAAAAAAGUUAAAUUUACAGCAUACAGCUUUGAGAAUAACCACACAAAAGUCUGGGAUUUCAAUCCAUGUAGCUACGCUUUUAUUAUCCGAGAAGACAAGUUCAAAUUCUCUUCAGAUUAUCUUAUUGGUCUACAAUACAACACAACCUUUCCCAUGGUUCUUGAUUGGGCAAUUGGUAAUGAGACGUGUGAAGUUGCUCAUAACAAAGCGAAUUACCUAUGUGGAGCGAAUACCUUAUGUUCUAAUCUCAAAAACCAAGUUGGGUAUCGUUGCAAGUGCAAGGACGGUUACGAAGGGAACCCAUACCUCAGUUGCCAAGACAUUAACGAGUGUGAUGCUGAAGAGCUUAAUAACUGCACAAGUUAUCAAUAUUGUGUCAACGAACUCGGAAGUUAUCAUUGUUCGUGCAUAGAAGGGUUUCAUUCGAAUGGGGAGGCAUGUGUCCCUGAUAAAUCAUCACUAACAAUUAAACUCACAGUUGGUAUCGGUGUUGGCCUUUUAGUCUUGCUUGUGGGAGGUUCUUGGAUGUAUUGGGGACUGAAAAAAAGAAAGCUUAUCCAGCUAAAAGAAAAAUUCUUCCAACAAAAUGGUGGCGUACUAUUACAACAGAAACUAUCUAAUCAUCAAGGUUCUGUGGAGACAACCAAAAUUUAUAGUGCAGAAGAGCUUGAAAAGGCCACCAACAACUAUAAUGAGAGCAGAGUCCUAGGACAAGGAGGUUAUGGUACAGUUUAUAGAGGAAUAUUACCAGAUAACAAAGUGAUUGCUAUUAAGAAGUCCAAAAUUGGUAGUCAGCAUCAGGUUGAACAAUUCAUAAAUGAGAUGACUGUGCUUACUCAAAUUAUCCAUCGGAAUGUGGUUAAGUUAUUAGGUUGUUGUUUGGAAACAGAAGUACCCUUACUAGUUUAUGAAUUCAUCACAAACGGGACUCUUUCUGACCACAUUCAUGAUAAAGGUCGGUCAUUCUUCCUUUCAUGGGAAAAGCGUUUGAAAAUUGCAGCAGAAACUGCAGGAGCACUUGCAUACUUGCAUUCUGCAACUUUUGUGCCGAUCAUACAUAGAGAUGUUAAAACUGCAAAUAUAUUAUUAGAUGAUAACUUCACAGCAAAAGUGUCUGACUUUGGAGCUUCCAGGUUAAUUCCUCAUGAUCAAACAGAAUUAAACACAUUGGUGCAAGGAACUUUUGGGUACAUGGACCCAGAAUACUUCCAUACUAGUCAACUAACAGAAAAAAGUGAUGUUUAUAGUUUUGGUGUUGUUUUGGCAGAGCUUUUGACUGGUAGGAUGGCACUUUCUUUCAAUAUGCCUGAAAGUGACAGAAAUCUAGCAAAGUACUUUGUUUCUGCAGUAAAUGAUGAUCGCCUAUUUCAAAUUCUUGAGGAUCACAUUGUCAAUGAAGGUAAUAUUAAGCUACUAAAGGAAGUUGCUAAUAUUGCAAAAAGUUGCUUAAGUCUGAGAGGGGAGGAUAGACCUUCUAUGAAGGAAGUGGCAAUGGAACUGGAGGGCUUGGUUAUCAUGGAAAAACAUCCUUGGGGAAAUGCUAAUGUCAAUAUAGAGGAGAUUGAGAACUUGCUCAAUGCACCUACACAAUCAUUCAACAUUGAUGUUGGCACAAAUUGUUCCAGCAAUACAACUACAGGAUAUGAUAGCAUGAUAAACCAAGUAUUGAAACCAUUGGAUGGCGGGAGAUAAUUGGUUAGUCCACCAUAGUAUACUUGCAUUAAUUGAGACUAAAUUAUUGAUAUAUCUAUUAUUUAGCUACAAUCAUUUUAGACUAAAUGAUAGAAUUGGAGGUGCAAUUGAACUUAUGUAUGACAUUAUAUUUGAAUAUGUAGAUUGGCUCGUUUUGUGUAUGGCAUUAUACACAUGUUGUAGAACAGAUAAAAUUUUGGCACAUGGCCAGAGGAAUCAUGCAUUCUAACCGAAAUGUC